AUGGAUUUAAAUAGACUACCUAAUGAUAAGAAACUCCAAUUAUGCAAAUGGUAUUUUAAAGUCGGCUGUAUGUUUCUGCCUUUUGUGUGGGCAGUAAAUGCUGUUUGGUUUUUCAAAGAAGCUUUUGUUAAACCACCAUAUGAAGAACAGAAUCAAAUAAAAAAAUAUGUUAUAAUGAGUGCGGGUGGGGCAGCAGUCUGGGUGUGCGUGCUUGCUGCAUGGGUAACGGUGUUUCAGACGCACCGUGUGUCUUGGGCUGCUACUGGAGACUCACUAUCGUUCAUUGUGCCUCUUGGUCGAGCAUAA